ACUUGUCAAAGAACAUGUGGUUGCAAAAGUUUAUAACUAUUUUCUGUUUAAUUAUUGUCACGGCGUCAGGCCAAGAUGACACAGAAGAGGAUGUUUCAACGGAAAAUGAAAAACUGGCGAAAGUAGAGAAGAAGCUGAGUGACAAUAUUCUGAUGAUGUUAGAACAUUUUAGACAGCCAGAUCCUGUCGGUCUGCCAGGAGAUGUCAUACCAGAUCCUUGUCCUGUAGCAGAUAUGAAACAGUCUCUACAACUAGGCACUCUGUAUCUAACAAACACUAAGGUCCACGGUCUUAGUAAACUCAGAAUCUUACAUGUGAAUGCUGAAGUUGAAGAUCUUGUUGUCGAAGCAGCGCUAAGGAUAGAUGCCUUGCAAGCUCGAGGGAACUAUUCUAUAUCGUCGUGGUUCGGUUCUUCAAGAGGACCAUUCACAGUCGACAUCACAGGCUUACAAAUAUUGGCAAAAGCUAAUGUCGGUGUAGAAAUAGACGGAAAGCUACGAGCCCAAGACAUCCAUGUCGAUCUAAGUUUCAGCAAAAUAGCCACAAACUUUGAAAACUUGGGAUUCCUUGGAGGUAUGUUGCAAAGCAUAAUCAACACUGGAGGUGCUGCCAUCUUUGACUCAAGUUUACCAGCUAUCCUCAAGGAAGCAUACCCCAAAGCCAGGGCCGAAAUCAAUGCAAAACUUGAAGAAGUCGCUGGCGAUUUACAAUUCCCCAACUCUAUUUCUCCACUGGACAUGGUGAUCAUUGAUGUUAGGAAAAAAAUCAGUGACAUGAAGCUAGAUCCAUACAAAAUUAAAGAUAACAACACUACGAUGAGUAUAUUUACGAUCUCUUUGGCUAACACCUGGGUUACUGGAAUAUCUUCUUUUCAAAGAGUUGGAAAUAUAACUUUGAAAAUGGAAAACAAUACAGCUGUAGCGGACUUUGAGGUUGGUACACAAAAGUUGGAAGGAAGAACUCAGUGGGACGUUUCAGCUAUAAGUGGACUUAUGUCAAGGGCUGGUACAGCAGCAUUUUCCAUUGAAUACUUCGGUGCUAGGGUUAUACUGGCACAGCCGCUUGACACUAGAAAACGUCCCACACUGAGAGACAUAGAUCUUGAUAUAGGUAAUAUCCAAGUUCGCUUCGAUGGGGCGGGCACGCUAGACUACGUAAUUGAGUUCGCAAUAAACGUUAUACCCAAUCUUCUAAGGUACCAGAUCAUGGAUGCAUUUGAAGGUCCAUUGAGGGAAAGAAUUCAGCAAGAACUAUCUAAGGUGAAUGUAGAUGAACUGAUAAAGCAAAAGUUACCUGAACUUGAUCAAAUGCAAGCUACAGGCUUCAAGCUGUCAUCUCUUAGAGGUUCAGAGGUUGCUAAUGAAAAGUAUGAUGAGGACGAGUUCUUUAAUUUUUAAACAUAGCCUUAUACCUAGGUUACAUUAUACGUAUGUAUCAUAUUAUGCAGUAUAGUUCACAAUAAUGUUCCUACCUAAAGUUUUUUUUAUAUAUAAAAAAUAUAAUCAAUUGUCCAAUGACACAUCUUCAAUGAAUUCUAUUGUUUAUAUUGAAUCAUCAUCUCGCU